AUGAAGGGCGUCACAUAUGAAGGAGUUGUUAAAGAGGCUGCCGGGAUCAUUCUAAACACCAAUCGGCCUGGGCAUUAUGGCAGCAUGCAUGUUAACGUCACUGUGUCCAAGAAGCCUGGCAUCGAAUGCAGUACGCUGGUGGAGACGUAUGGUUGGGCUCACUUGAGUGUCGGUGAUGAAACCCGAGACUUUUGGUGGAACCCAGCCCCAAGGAAGGAUGCCUAUGGCCUUGGACAGCUCAUCCAUAUUGCUACUAUCGACUUUGGUUCUAUCCCUGCUGCUAACGUGAGAACGUGGACUUCGUGGCAUGGUCUAGACGGUACAUCUGAUUGCGAAGGGUUGAGUCUAAUAGCCAGUCAGAAGCCCUCCUCCAAUGUACCCAAUCCUUCAUUCUUCACCGGACAACAGCUUAUCAUAAAACAUAGGGAUGGUGGUUGGGACUAUUUGGUUACGUAUCAAUUUCAAGAUUCUUCUGGGAAACUUGGAAACUACACCAAAGAUGUCAUUAGCGGCAAUCUGCAGGACAAAAACUGA